AGUUCCUUUUCUCAGGCAUGCAAACAGAGCAUCCUCUAGUUAAGAUUGUGGCGUGUAUCGCUUCUGCAUUAUCAGGGAAAGGAAACUGAAGCUGGCACUCUGUCACAGGAUUUCAAAACGGCUGGAUCAACAUGAGCUAUGACAAACACAUCCUCUGGGCCUGCACCGCUGCUCUGCUCACUGGUUGGGUCCUGGCGUAUGAUAACGGACAUUGCUCUGGGAUUGUCACGAGGCACGCAUGCAACUGGACUUGUAUGCAACUCACUCUUCAGUGGCCUGGGAGUUUCUGUAUAGGUCUUAACAACAAAACCAUUUGCAAAAUACCUGAGACUGUUCGCAACUGGACCAUCCAUGGUCUAUGGCCUAUGCAUACAGGUCACUGCUGUGACUGCUGGCCGGUAUUUCAUUCCCAUCUUCAGGAAAUCGAGCCUGAACUCACUCAGCUCUGGCCAUCAUUAAUCAAAGGAAAACACUUCUUCUUCUUCUGGAGGGAGGAAUGGAUUAAACACGGGACGUGUGCAGGCUGCGAGGAGACCAUGGGUGCACCGCUUCUUUAUUUCCAAGCCGCAGUCAAGCUUCGGAAACUCUUUGACAUCGAUAGUGUCUUGGAAAGCUCUGGAAUCAAAACCUCAUGUGAUGUGUCAUAUAAGCAUGACGACAUCCGUGGCGCCCUGACCCCGCUGUUUGGAAACAACUAUGAUUUGCAAUGUGUGACAGACAGCGAGGGUCGUGAAGCAUGGAUCCAGCUGAAGAUCCAUCUCUUCAGGAACCAAACCCUUGGAUGCCCCAAACAAGAACAAGAGGAAGUGUUCAAUACAUUAGCGUGGUUUAACAGCCCAGGACAUCCCUGUCCAAAGAACACCACCAUUUUUUAUGUUCCAAUUAACUAUGAGAAUCCUCAUGAGCCCUGUAACUAAGAGAAGCUGUAGCUAUAGACUUGUUAUAGACUGCCCUCUUUCAGUUCUCAGACCUGAUUCAGUUAAAGAAAAAUGCUACAGUACAUAAUUCCUAAAGUAUUCAAACUUGGGGUCUUUUUCCCAAUCUCAAUAAAUAUGCAAAUUACAAGGGUUAAAGUGUUUUGAAAGACCUUUAAUGUACUCAGAAUAUACACCAAUUGUCAAUGACAUUAAAGGUUCAGAAUGUAAUGGAAUAUGAUGUUGAAUAAAGUUUGGUGGUGGAAGGACACAGUGGUUGAACUCCUGGUUUAACUGCUGGAGCUCAAAUCACUCGUAAGUGAAACCAAAAUUUGAAUUCCUUUUUAUGGUUGAUGUUCCAAAUAUUGGCAGGCAGUAAAAUGGUUUAAAAUGAACAGCCAAAAGCUAUUAAAUAUUUCAUGCGAACACUCAGGAUGGAUGGAUUUAGGAACUCACAGUUCACAUUUUAUUUGACAUGGAAUCAAUUUGCCAAAUGGAAUCAAUUUGCCAAAAAGUACGUUUCUACACCACAGAUGAAACAGAAAACAGACUAUCCACUAAAAUCUUCGACCAAUAAAAAAAAAAGAAAAAAAAAAA